AUGCCGACGCAGCCAGACCAGCCGCUAGAGGCGGCUUCACCCCUACUUCGCCCAAGACCGCUACUGGACCUGAAGACACUCAACAGAUUUCCUGGCGCUGCCCGACAGCGUGAACUCAUCAAGCUUGUGGACAAAGUCUCUGGCAACGGCGUCCACCUCUUUAUCCACUACACCUCGCCGAUUCUGGAAGCCAGACGCAAGACCUUGCUCGCAAGCGGUACGACAAAGAAGAAGUAUCCGAAAUCGACAAGCCAGCUAUGGACGACUCUAGAUGAUGAGCAAAGGGGGUUCUGGGAUCAUCAGGUCAAACUGAUCCGCUUGGGCAUUGCGAACCGCACAUUGGGACAUGAGCAUUGCGUGGAAGAUGCUGGGUUUCGCAGUGAAUGGAAGGAGUGUUUGCGAUUCUCUGAAAAUUCUGUCGCCACAUACUUGCAGCUGCCACUGCCCACGUACCUCCAAGAGACUGAGGAUAGCGCCAGACUCGCUGUGCUUGAUGCUGGCGUGGACGCAACGAAGCCGAAAGAUGAACCGCCCAUAUAUGAGAUCAAGAAACUCGACACGAUAGAUAUUGAGUGCGGCUCCAACGAAUCUCGCCUUGAAAAGUCAACCGCACCUCUCGACCUCCUCGACACCAUCCGAGAGCCGUUCACUGCAGAACCUCGAAUUAUCUACGGCAAUUUUGCUCAGCUCUAUCCAUACGACUCCAUCCGCAGGGCCGAGGGCAAGCACCAAACAGCACUUCUACGCCAGCUCGCAGACCUACUGGAUCCCACGGGCAAGGAGUUCUUCUAUUAUUACGCCACGCCGCACUUGUGGAAGAGCAUUCGUCCGACUGAUCUCGACGAGACUAUCGCCAGCGUUGCGCAUCGCCUAUGGAUGCUAAUGCCUGGGACUAUGAAGAAGCAGUGGGCAACGGAAAGCGCGCGGGCUAAGAAGCUGCUGGGAGACGGGAAUGUCGACGGGCUGAACAGGCUGCGGUUGGAACGAGACUGUGAAGAGGUUUGGAAACUGCACGAAAUGGCCGAGGAAGCUAUGAAAGUGGAACUGUCUAAGAGAAGCGUUGGCGACGAAGAUGUUGGCUUGGAAGAUGCCGAUUGA